UCGAUUAGUUGAAGUGCAACUACAGCCGCCAGCGGACGUGGUCGUGGGCGCACUAUUAAUUUCCAUACCCAAUCUGUAAUCCGUAGUCAAGUGACAUCACCAUGAGGUCAUCACUAUAUCAGCUGCUGUCCCUGGCUGUUCUGAUGGCCAUCUGUGCCCUGGUUCAGGGGCAAUUCAAGACUUCUGGCAUCAAAACGCGCCAGCCGCCAUCCGGAAACCUACAGCUGGCCGAAAAUAAUAGUGAGUUUGGCUGGAGCAGCUACAACCAAACGAACUAUGCCUGGAACAGCAGUCAGAACCAGAUUAACAAUGGCUGGAACAGCAGUCAGAACCAGGGUAGCCAGUAUGGCUGGAGCAGUCAAAACCGUGUGGGCCAGGAAUCGAGUGGAUUUGUGCCCGCCGAGACAUACCAACCGACCACUCUGCCGCCACUCUAUGGACACUAUGUGCAGGCAGUGACUCCGCCGGCCUAUCGCACGCCUGCCCCCCAAAUCCUCGAUGCAACGGCCCUGUUCAUCAACAAAACCCGAUCUGCCAUGGCCAGCGGCAUCUGCUUCAAGGAUGUUCCCACCUCUUCGCUACUCCGCAACUCCCAAGAUAAGUUCGUGGGCAAUGGCACCACGCCGGACAUGAGUCGCAUCGAGGUCUGCUGCGAGGGCUACGAGCGCAACCCGCACAUCUACCGCCGCUGCGAGCCCAUCUGCGCGGACGACUGUCCCAACGGGAUCUGCACGGCGCCCAACACCUGUGUCUGCAUCCCUGGCCACGUGCGCACCUCCGAGGGCAAGUGCAUCUCCACCUGCCCCCUGGGCUGCGGCAAUGGGUCCUGCGACGAGAAGAACGAGUGCAAGUGCCGCGAAGGUUACUCCUUGGAGCCAGUGACCGGCAAGUACUGCCAGCCGGAGUGCAAUCCGGGCUGCUCCUUUGGCCGCUGUGUGGCGCCUAACAAGUGCGCCUGCCUCGAAGGCUACCGCCUGGCCGCCGACGGAUCCUGCGAACCAGUCUGCGACUCCUGCGAGAAUGGCAGGUGCACGGCCCCGGGGCACUGCAACUGCAACGGCGGCUACCUCAAGCUCCAAGGUCGCUGUGAGCCCAUCUGCUCCAUUCCCUGCAAGAACGGUCGGUGCAUUGGCCCGGACAUCUGUGAGUGCGCCACCGGAUUCGAGUGGGACCGGAAGAAGUCCGAGUGUCUGCCGAAGUGCGACGUGCCAUGCCUGAACGGCGUCUGCGUGGGCAACAACCAGUGCGAGUGCAGGACGGGAUAUGUGAAGGACGAGCACCAGCGGAACAUCUGCCAACCACACUGCCCCCAGGGAUGUCCGAAUGGAUUCUGCAGUGCCCCCAACUUCUGCAUCUGCAGGCCGGGAUUCAUCAAGAGCGGCAUCAAGGGACGCCUGACGUGCCAGGCCGUCUAAGUAGGACUCACAGUUUUUAUUGUUUUUUCUCAGUUGAAAUUAAAUAGACGUCCGAUCAGGGCAUUGAACUCGUAA